UCAAUUCUGCAAGUGGUUCUAAUUUACUAUCGCUGUUCUCUAGCCGGAUCUAAAACCGCUUUUGACCUAAAGGGACGCUUUUUGGACGCCAUGGACUUUUCUAAGUUUCCAGGCAGAAAGAAGAGUAAAAAUGCAGGCAGGGCACAGGACAAAGCACUCGGGACAAAAUGUAUGUGAAAUGGUUUGAUACAUGAAUGUCACUUUUUGUCAUUUUCAGAUUUCCUGCCAGUUCCGUCCCCCAUACGUCCCGACGCUUGCAGGGAACGUAACCCAGAUGCCAGAUGCCAGCAUCCGCCGGAUUACAUUGCCGGGGACACUACAGGAGGGACAU